AUGGUCGCCUCCACCGUAACGAGCAGCUCAUACUACGACCGCCGCGUCGUCGAGCGCGUGCACCGCUACCAAUGGCCAGGCAUCCAGCUCAACCUCUGGAUCCUGAUCAUGCUGGUCGCCUCGUGCCUGAUCAUCGGCGUCUUCGCGUCCUUCAUCGAGGUGCAACAACAGCUGCUUCUGCCGAUCCCAUGGUACUUCCCCUACUACAUCACCGUCGCGAGUCUCGUCAUCAUCUUCAUCGGCCUGCUCCUCUGGCUCGUCUUCCAACGCCGCCUCCUCCCGGCCAUCGUCAUGAUCGGCGCCUUCAUACUCUUCAUCCUCUGGUUCGUCGGCCUCGUGGUAGUGAGCAUACAGCUCUGGGGCCCCGACGGCUCCAUCUCGAGCACCUGCAACCUGGCCGUGUUCAACCGCAGUCCCACGGGACAGAGCCUCGACACGCUCGCGUGGUUGCAGCAGAGGAGUAUAUGUCAAGCGUGGCAAGCCGUGUUUUCGUUCGCGCUCGUCGGGGCGCUGUUCUUGGUUUGGAUCAUGGUCAUGGCGUACCAGGUCUUCGCUGCGUCAUGA